ACAUCUAGUAUAGAUCAUGUACGUGUAGUGCAGUAAGUAUCCUAACCCAAUACUUAAGUUUAUGAUAUAUCAUAGUAGAUAAAAAGUGAACUUCUACUGUACCACCUCAUUUUUAGUAUAGCCUAAGUGUACUUGUGGUAAUUAAUUUUUGCAAACGGAUAUCCUUUAGCGGGUUAGACGAUCAAUCGGUUAAAGUUCCUUUAUAAAUGUUAAAAUCAGCCGACUGAAGUGUCAAAAACAAACGGCAUCUGUGGAAACUGUUGCUGGUUUUUGACAUAAAAGCAUUGAAAUCUCUUGUGAAGAUCAGCGGAGCUGAAAACAAGCCAAUCACACAAACUUCCUCCCGUUCACACACAAAUACGCACACACAGAUCAGAGCUGAAGACACAGUCGACGCUUCAUCAGCAGACUCACAACAACAUCAGUUCUGCAGGUUUAUUGAUCUGGCAGGAGUUUGAUCAGAGAACAAAAAUGACAUUUCGGCUGCUGCUGCUGUUGACUCUGGCAGCUCUGGUCCACUGCGACUCUGGUUCUGAUAUAAUAGUGGAGGAACACUCAAAUAAAAUUAAGCUGACUUGUAAAGACGGUACCAUGUGGAAAAAUAUCAAAAAUAGCAACGAUGAUUCAAAUAGAACUAUGGAAUUGGUCUACAGAGAUGAAAAUUCGGGGGAGUAUGAAUGUGUGCCAGCAAGCAAUACCAUUAACACAGGGUCAAAGAUUUAUGUGAAAUUCCGGACCUGCGACAACUGUGUGGAGUUCGACAUGACCUCCAUUGCCAGCAUCCUGGUUGGAAACUUGGUGGCGACCACUGGGAUAGGAGUGGCCGUGUAUCUGGUCGCCUCCCAGACUCGGACGAGUCAAAGCUCCUCGAAUAAGAAAAAAAGAUCUGAUAAACAGAACCUCGUUCAAAACGAACAAAGUGCUGCUGAGUCCAAUUACCAGCCUCUGAAACACGUGAGAAAAGACGAGUACGACCUCCUUCAAAACACUAGACCCAGAUAGAGUGAGAAGGCCCGGCUCUGCUCGUCGUCAAACUGAACUCCUUCACUGAAAUCUACCAGACAAAGGAGUGUUUGUUUGUUAUAUUUGACCUGCUGACUCAAAUACUCACAAACAGCUGACACAUACCUGUAAGAUUAUGCUUUGUUCUUUUUGAUAGUUCUCCUCAGACUGCAGCAAAUCAGCAUUUUAGCCUUUUCCUAUGCUUCGUUAAGAACUUAUUUCAACGUGUACAUUUCACAAUUAUGUUGGCAUGCUUUUGCUAUUAGUUACAAUGACCAAAGAAGAGGAUUUCAUGAAAAAAUAACCAUCUGAAAACAUGUUUUUUCUCUUUUCAUUAAAAAUAGAAGAUUUUUUUUUUAAGUGACCAACCUGAGAGUUGUUACAGUAACAUAUGACUUGUCUUUAACCUCUUGUGAUGCCUAUUGUUGCAAAUAUGCGACAAACCCCUUUGGCUCUAAAAUUACCUAGAGUGUUUAUUGACUUGUUUGUUUGUUUUUAUAUCUGGAAAAAAUGCAGGCAUUAUGGGGUUAAAACUCAGUUUUUCUUGAUGUGUGUUUGGUAAAAUAGUGUAUUUUAGCAGCUUAUGUGCUCAUUUUGUCAUCAAAUAAUUGCAAAUAAAAAGUGUAUCGUAAG